GGCCGUGCUUCCGCCGGCGCCGUGGCUGGGACUCUGCAGUGGGCUGCGGGUGAUGGAGCGGUGGGCGCGCCCGCAGCUCCUGCUGUGGCUGCUGUUGCUAUUACUGCCCCCAGUGCUGGGCCGCCAGAAGGAGUCAGGUUCAAAAUGGAAAGUAUUUAUUGACCAAAUUAACAGGUCUUUGGAGAAUUAUGAACCAUGUUCAAGUCAAAACUGCAGCUGCUACCAUGGUGUCAUAGAAGAGGAUCUAACUCCUUUCCGAGGAGGUAUCUCCAGGAAGAUGAUGGCAGAGGUAGUCAGACGGAAACUGGGGACCCACUAUCAGAUUAUUAAGAACAGAUUAUACAGAGAAAAUGACUGCAUGUUCCCCUCGAGGUGUAGUGGUGUUGAACACUUUAUUUUGGAAGUUAUCGGACGCCUCCCUGACAUGGAAAUGGUGAUCAAUGUACGAGAUUAUCCUCAGGUUCCUAAAUGGAUGGAGCCUGCCAUUCCAGUCUUCUCCUUCAGUAAGACAUCAGAGUACCAUGAUAUCAUGUAUCCUGCUUGGACAUUUUGGGAAGGGGGGCCUGCUGUUUGGCCAAUUUAUCCUACAGGUCUUGGACGAUGGGACCUCUUCAGAGAAGAUCUGGUAAGGUCAGCAGCACAGUGGCCAUGGAAGAAGAAAAACUCUACAGCAUAUUUCCGAGGAUCAAGGACAAGUCCAGAACGGGAUCCUCUCAUUCUUCUAUCUCGGAAAAACCCAAAACUUGUUGAUGCAGAAUACACCAAAAACCAAGCCUGGAAAUCUAUGAAAGUAAUCACAAUUGUCUGAAUAGAACCAUAGCAGUGAACAUUCUCACUCAAAGAACAUUGUCACCUGGGUAGAAUUCCAGAUCAGGUUUCCUCUUAGUGGUAGAUGAAUGUAGAGAAAGAUCCACAAACUAGUAUUAGCAUAUAUGUAAAUUAUUCUUUCAAACUCACAUUGCUUUUCUGGGCCAUAUUAUGAGUAGUAGUUUUGGUUUUGUUUUGUUGUUUUGUUGUUGUUGUUUUUGUUUUUUGUUUUUUGUUUUUUUACUACUUUUAAGGUUUAAACCAGAGGACACAAACUUUUUAUGGAAAGGGCCAUAUGGUAAAUAUUUUAGGCUUUGUGGAUUGUAUGGUCUUGUUGUAGUUACUCAACUUUGCCAUCACAGUGUGAAAGCAGCCACAGACAAUAUGUAAAUGAAUGAGCCUGGCUGUGUUCUAGUAAAACUUUAUUUAUGGCAUGGAAAUUUGAAUUUCAUGUAAUUUUCACAUGUCAUAAAUAUUCUUCUUUGGGUAUUUUUCAAGCAUUUGAAACAUAAAGAUAUUCUUAAUUAAAAUGUAAAGAUAUUCUUAAUUUAUUUACAACUCUCCAAGUGAUUCUAAGGCAAUGCCAGCAAUGACUGGCUCCUUCAGGUUGGAGUUCAUCUCUGUCUUCUAUGACUUCUUGCCUUAUUCAAAGAACUUUAAGCCCUAAAUGUCCUCAUUUGAAAUUUUCAAAUGCCAUAUGAGGAUGAUAUGAAAAGAAGUUUUAAACUUCUUGUGGGAAAACUAAGUGUAUCUGAGAUGUAAUAUGUGAUAGUUGUAAUCAAACAGGAGCAAAUGAAGUCUAACAAACUUUGUUGAAAAAUAAAAAUAUGAAAAGUGUAUCCAUUCAGCACAGCCUCUACUGUGGGAUGCUGCAAAAGCAAACAAGACUUGUUUCCCUCAUCAAAGUGUUUGCCAUCUUCUAAGGUAGCUGGGAUAUAAAUGGGGGUCUCAAACUCAGAUGCCCCAGGAGGCCACAGGAGUGAGCAGGAGAGAGAGCUAAAGGUCUGGUCAACGCCGCCAAGGGAAUAGGAGCUCAGUUUACCAGACCUUCCUUUUAUGUUUUACAAGAAAAGUUGGAAAUCGGGAUUUUUGGAAGAAAUAUCUUACCACCUGUAAAUGUUGGCAAUGGUUUGAAUUUUUAUUUUUAA